UACUACUAGGUAGAAGGUAGGCCUAAUUACCUAACAUACCAUACGGUAUUUCAUUUUCUUUCAUUCAUUCAUUCAUUUAGAUAGAGGAAGAGGAUUGAAGUUUGAUUUAGAAUAGAAUACGAUCAAAAACAAAAAGUAACCUAAGUUUUAACUGCUAAGUUAUAACUUAUUUAUUAUUUUGUCAGGAAUAUUGAUUGGAUUUGAAAAAGAACAAAACAAUGAUUGGAAGACUUGUAGCAAGGGGUUGCAAUCAGUUGCUACGGAGCAAUAUUAGUGUAUUCACACAUGAAACAUCUAAUUCUGUUUGUGCUUUAAAAAUACCAAUACCGGUAGUUCAAACUCCAGUUCCAUUGGCUGGUUUUAUGAGAGGACUACAUGGCUCCACACUUAAGGUUCAACACCCAGCCCCUCCCUUCAAGGGAACUGCUGUCAUCGCUGGAGACUUCAAGGAAAUAGAUCUUAGUGAUUUUAGAGGUCAAUAUUUGGUCUUGUUCUUCUAUCCUCUUGACUUCACUUUUGUGUGCCCUACGGAGAUCAUCGCCUUUAGUGAUAGGAUGAAUGAGUUCAAGGCUAUCAACACAGCAGUGGUGGGGGUGUCGUGUGACUCUCACUUCAGCCAUCUCGCCUGGAUCAACACGCCAAGGAAGCAUGGAGGACUGGGUAACCUGAACUAUCCGUUGCUGUCAGACUUCAACAAGUGUAUUGCCCGAGACUACAAUGUUCUGUUGGAGGAGGAUGGCGUUCCAUUGAGAGGACUGUUUAUUAUUGACCCACAGGGGGUAGUGCGACAGAUAACAGUGAAUGACUUGCCCGUUGGUCGCAGUGUAGACGAAGUCCUUAGGCUGGUGAAAGCUUUCCAGUUCACAGACAAACAUGGUGAAGUGGUGUGUGUAAAUCCAGAUGACAAGGACAACGAGAAGAAAGAUUUUAAGUCAAAGUUUUCCGUGCCGAACAUUCAACAGAAAUUAAGUUCCCCUACACCUCAAGCUCUUAGAUAUCCUAAUCCUACUUUGGUGGAGACUGAGGAGACUAGAGGAUUGUCUACAGCUCAGCUUGAGAGGAUGGUACUCCUGGACCAACUCAAGUUCUACAGGAUGCAAACCGAGGAAUUGAAGUCAAAGAAGGACGAGGUGAAGAAAAAAGUAUCAACCACCGUUGACCUACUGCAAGAGAGAGAUUGCAUCGCAGUCUAACCGAGAUUCUUCUCGUACUUACAUCAACUCUAGUAUUAUUGGCUGUUACUUCUUUUGUUUACCAUGUAGUGUAAGACUGAUUUACUCUUUAGUCGUGAUGAUGAUAGAUUUGAUGGUAUAUAAAUUACCCUAGUAUUGAGUAAAGUUAAUAAUAUUUGCUCCAAACUUUAAGAUAAAUGAUAGAUUAAAACAUAUGAAGUAGUUGGUACUAAUGAGGUUGAAGUUUCAAUACAAGUAACAAAAACACACUUCCUCUAGUGAAUGCUGGCAGUAUUUAAAAAUCCUAUAAAUUUUCUACUGAUAUUCUUAUGCAGUAUGAAAACUGAAGUUAGGAAUUUCAAACCUUAGUGUCAUAAAUGGAUUUAACAAAAUCAUGUUGAAGGUUUUUGUAUAGAAAUUAUUUAUUUUAAUUCUUUGCACAAUGUCAAGGGGUAGUUACUUAGAUACCUACCUGUAUUAUCUAUCGUUUAUGGAUGACAUAUUAUUAAUAUACAAUAAAUAAAUAAAUACAAAUUCCUUUAUUGAUGAAGCGUUUUUCAGUACAACUGCUUUUCAGAACAACUUUUGUCUUAACAAAUAAAAAUAAUAUUAAACUUACAAACAAAUAAAUGAAAACAAUAACAAAACAGAAACAAGACAAUCUGUAAAUAAAAAAUAACCACCACUGUGCAAUGCUUUUAUUUUAUGGAAAGUAAAUAAAGAUACGGCUUAUAACACUUAAUACAUAUAUUUACGCUUAUACUGUUACUCACAAGACGGUAAAUAUACAAAAGAUGGUAAGUGGUGAUCGAUUUCGAUUGGACACUCCAAUCAUCAUCAGGCCCAAUAGGCGAAUGGGUCAUUCGCCUAUUAGGUGGCUAUUGGGUCUGAUGAUGAUUGGGGUGUCCAAUCGAAAUCGAUCACCACUUACCAUCUUUUGUGUAUUUACCGUCUUGUGAGUAACAGUAUAAGCGUAAAUAUAUGUUUUAAGUGUUACAAGACAAAUCUUUAUUUACUUUCCGUAAAUUUAAUAACACGUACAAUGCUGAUCAAGAAGUUAUUUUAUUUUAGCCUAUGUCUAAAAUAUUACACUUUUUGAGGCCAGUGGGGAGGUCCUACAGCUUUAUACUGUGAAUUAUGUAUAUAAAUGUUUCACUGUGGCUGAUAGAUUAAAUAGAUGGAUAAAAUCAAUUGCUUAUAAUGUGUACGUAUUAGUUCUGUAUUGCAGAUUUAAAGGUAAUUUUUAGUUUAAUAAUUUUUUGCUUUAGACCAACUUGGCCUUGGAAGCAAAUUAAUAACCAAGCAGUUACUUGUUAGUUCCUUUUUAGAUUAACAACUAAUUGUGUUUCCAAAGUAUUUUAUAGAAUAAAAUUUCUAAAGACCUUUGUGCGAUGAUAAAAAAAAUAUUUUCUUUUAUUAAAAAACUACUAAGUUGAAAACUUGUCCAUUUUGUUUGUUUCUUGUGAUUUUGUUGUGUUUCAAGUUAAGUAUUGUGUAAAAGUUUAAUGUAUGUAACUAACUAAUGUUAAAAUUUUUAGAAUAAAAUAUGUUAUUUGUUUUA